AUGAGGUCAACUUCACAGGCUCUCCUGCUUGGAGCUCUGCUCCAAGCUACGAAUGCAAUGGAGAUGGCUCACGCUGCCCAAAGGAACCGCGUACGCGAUGCAGCACCAGCGAUAACCGAAGCCCCAUACGGCCUGGUUCACGAAGCAGAGCUGCUUGUCGGCCACAACGGACUUCACGCUCGGCAAGCAGCCUCUUCGAGUGAGCCUCUGGUGGUCACUGUCGCGCCCGAUGCAACAUGCGGAUACUUGUCUGGGCAAGCAGGCGCUGCAGUCACCUGUCCCAAUGGUCGUGCGUGUUCAUGGGCCACCGCUAGUCGUACCGGUCUCGUCGGUUGCGGCAACGAGAUCUAUAUCCUUUGCGUCGAGUCUAGUGUAGCCGUCAAUCCUAGUUCAUGCGAUGACGUGUGUCAAAGUAACACUUUCUAUCUUAAAUGUACCGACUCCGACACGCCCUUCUGCCGCACGUAUGCCUACCCAAGUGGUAUUGCCGACUAUCGCUGUGCAUCCACAUCCGUCGAGAAGGCACAAUCUGUCGACUUCACAUAUGACGGCCAGAAGAAUGCCAACUUCAAGACAACAACUCUCAGCGACGGCAUCGCAUCACAGUCACUAUCAGCCACCAACACCGACAGCGGUAGUGGCUCUGCUGGACAGGCAAGCGAGACAGAGACACAAGCAGAAACAACCACUACUUCUGAGGCUCCUGAGCCUACCAAGAAGAGCAAGUCAACGCCUGUUGGUGCCAUUGUCGGCGGUGUAGUCGGUGGUGUCGCUCUCAUUGGCCUCAUCGGUCUUGGUGUCUUCUGCCUGCUGCGCAGACGUAAAUCCAAGCCUGAACCCGCUCCCGCUCCAGCUCAACCAGUCAUGGCUCAGCAACAAGCUCCUCCUCCCGCCCCUAUGAACCAGAAUCCUUAUCCUCAGCAACAGUAUUUCCAGCCAGCUGUGCAGCCUUAUCCCGACCAUAGCAUGGCGGCAUCUCCUGCGCCAUCAGAUGCUCGUAUAUCGAUGAUGAGUGGACCUGUCUCAAGUGUCGGACCAACUUCACCCGGGGGAUGGCAUCAACAGCCAUCGCCCCCGCCGUUUCACACACCUGCGCCGGCAUAUGAGAUGGCUGGGCCUGAGGCGCGUGAGCAGGAGCCGGUCUAUGAGAUGGGUUCUGACUCUGUGAAGAAGUGA